CUAUAUAAAAAAUCCGAAAAUUUUAAGUGGCUCUAUAAUAAUUGGAAACGUUUCUCAAUUUCCCCAGGAUCCCAUGACCAAAUCUCAACUUAAAUACGAUUUGAGCAUUUUAAACAAAAAAGAUACUGUAUAGAAGAAUGAAGGAGGGGUCAGGUUUAUCUGUACUGACUGAUGUACGUCGAACAAUUAAUUAUUUAUCAUUGUUGUAAGAAAAUAUUAGCAAUGUUGUAGAUGCUUAGUUGUAAUUGUGAAUAAUUUGCCGAACUGCUCAGGCCUAUGUUCUACUAGUCUUCACCAAUAUACCUCAAGCCUAACUCAAAAGCAAGACCGCCUCUAGUGGCAAACUUGUAACGACAUCUCCAACUUAAACGUAAGUUUUUUGAUAAGUCAGUGUUUAAACGAUAGGGAGGUGGGGAGUUACAGGUGGUAAGGGUGUGAGGGGAGGACGUUUAGUGAAGGAAAUUCAUAUAAUUGUCGACAUUGUUUAAUUGGUUAUCGAUAUCGAUAUUAUUAUUAGUGUUAUGGAUUCAGAACUUGUAAUCGUUUUGUACUUAUGGACAGGUCUCUCAAUGUGCCGCAUGCAUAUCUUAAGACAGUGGUGGUUCCGGUCGUUUUCUCUAAUUCAGCAUCUGGGUUUCAAAAGUAGUACGGUUAAGGUCUUAAAUAUCGGUACGGAUGAUGGGUUAAAAUACACAUCUUUUUUACGCUUAUUUGACUGCACAAUGACGAUUAGAAAGAGAACGUAAAGUGCUCCCUAUCGCUAUGCGCUCGUUAAAUUAUGGUGUAAAAUAAUUUAGUCCGAGGAUAUACCUACGUUGUUCCUUUCCAUAUUGUUCCUUUUGGAUAUCCACAUUGUUACAUUGGUACAAAUAGAAAAGAAUACAGCUAUAAAUGAUACUUAAACACUUAACUAACAAGUCUAGGUCGCUCAUCUAAGCGACUUUAUAAAUAUACGAGUAGGGAAAUACAUGUUUUUAUAACGGAAGCGGAAUACAUACCUAAGUAGUCGACUUAACAAUCAGUAACUUCCAUCUGUCUAUUAAGCCAGUUCAAUAUAAAGUGGAUUCAUCGACAGGGGAACGAGCCUAGCCCGUCACUGUGAAGCAACAGGGUCUUGGACGCGUGCGCGUUGCCACCCCAACUCGCAUAAAUGCCCCUGCGGGUCCGUUUCGCGCUCAGAGCCACGUCCGCAGCCGCCGCAGUCUCCUACCAGCAGUCCUCGGUGCCGCGCGUCGCUACGACCUCGUAGCAAUGUUCAAAUCACCUGUAUAAAUAUCCACCGCAGUUCUAUUCUUUGACUUUAAAUUACAGAGUGGCUGUGUUGUUUUUUGUGGUCAUGACUUUUAAGUGACAAUGAACGUUUUGUGCUGUGGUUUUGACCUGUGCCGCUUUUAACAGGCACGAUGUGGCGAUUAGCGCCACUAGUGACGCGACUCCUGAUCGUGUCACUGGUGGCGCUCGUGUUCGCGGACGGGGCCGGCAGCACCUCGGUGGCGACGCUGACGCGGGGCCCCGCUCCCCGCCCCACGGCGCCCCUGCCCCGCAAGCAGCGCCCGCGCAAGCGGCGCACUACCACCACCACCACCACCCUCGAGCCGGACGAGGACGAAGAUGACAUGACUACGCAGCCUACCACCACUACCGUUGAUCCUAGGAUGUUCGACCACACGGAGUUGGGCACGUGCGAGGCGCCGCUGGGCAUGGAGAGCGGCAUGAUAUCCAACGAGUCGCUGUCUUCAAGCUCCAACUACGACCUCAGCGUGUCGCCACUUAGUUCCAGGAUACGGAGCGAGCUUCGCGGCGGCGCGUGGUGCCCCAACGGGCUGAUCUCGCCGCGCAGCCGCGAGUACCUCGAGAUAGACCUCCAGGACGAGUACCUCAUCACUGGCACAGAAUCCCAAGGCCGGUUCGCUAACUCGGUGGGAGUCGAGUUCGUAGAGAGCUACUCGGUCGAGUACUACCGUGCUGCUCUUAACCGCUGGGUCAAAUACAAAGAUUUUAAUGGCAGCAGGCUGAUCCCAGGAAACGUCAACACGUACACCCCCCGGAAGACGAUCUUAGAGGCUCCAUUCGUUGCAUCCAAAGUCCGCUUCUUUCCUUACGCUGCCCACCCGAGGACAGCGUGUAUGAGGGUCGAACUUUACGGGUGUCUGUGGAAACAAAAUCUAGUUGCCUAUUCUGCGCCCAAGGGUGGGGACAUGCAGGCCAUGACAGGGGGGGCGCGAUUCGAGGACCUGGCUUACGACGGCGUGCAACGCGACGGCAGACUUCUGGACGGGCUCGGUCAGAUGACCGACUCGCUCUUGGGCCCCAACGACUUUGAACAACCUGACCCUUUAGAUACACAAGGUACUCGUUGGGUCGGCUGGAACAAAUCAAUGCAAGUGGAUGACGAAGUUGAACUCACUUUUAAUUUUAGCACGACACAACUGUUCUAUCAUGUUGAUAUCCAUACAAAUAACAUGUUUACCAAGGAUGUGCAGUUGUUCAAAGAGGCUGAAGUAUACUUCUCCCUGGAGGGAGAGAGAUGGCAAGAGGAGUUCAUAUCGCACGAGCCGAAGCAGGACCGCGUGUCAGAGCAUGCGCGCAUGGUGCACGUGCCGCUGCAGAACCGCACCGCCAAGCAUCUGAUGCUGCGCCUCAAGUUCCAGCACGAAUGGAUCCUCAUCAGCGAGAUCACCUUCAAGUCAGUUCCUACCGUGAUAAACGCUUCAGCGGAAUUUCUGGACGAAUAUUACCGCACCGAUAUGCCGCCGUCGUCCCGUAAGAAGCGUAACUCGUCCUUGCGCGUGAGCGUAGGGCUGGCGUGCGGCGCGCUGGUCGGCGCCGGCGCCUUCAUCGCCGCUACGGUGGUACUUCUGGCCAAGAGGUCCAGGCGAAGGAUACCAAACAUGCUUAAGAAGCCAUUUUGCCCAUCGUUACGGAACGCCACCUCCAACUCCAGGAACAACCGCAGGGCACCCAGGCUGGCGUUGGCUCUUGCUAAUUGUCCACCAAUACACAUGUUGAGGCCUGCAGUCGUCGAUGAGGAUUAUAGAGAGCCCUACAAUAUAUGGAGGGAGACCCUCGGCCGGCGCGACAAGCACGACGCCCAUGAUCAAAACGAAUACAACGAAAUCUGUGAAGACCCAGAAUUCCCGCGCCCCUACAUGAUGAAACGCCCCGACCCGCACGAGAGCUUCUAUGCUGCCACCGACAUCAUACACCAUACGUACCCCGAGGAGCGCACCUGCCGGCGCGAACGGCCAGCGCCGGGGCUCUUCACCUCCAUAAAACUGCCGGAAGCGGAGCCCCCAAACGGAGUGGCGCCCCUGCUGGACUUCCCGCGGGGGCGCAUGCGACCAGUCACCUUCCUCGGCGAGGGCCCGUAUGGGAGUCUCCAGAUAUGCGAGACGGAUGGCAUCGAGGAACUGAGCGACGAGGAAUCCCCGACCGGCACCCGCCGUCGACUUGUAGUUGUCAAGACUCUCUGGCGAGGCUGCCAUAACGAUAUCAAGGCGGCGUUUGCCAGAGAGGCGACAUGGGGCGCUGGGCUGAAACACCCACAGCUCGCCAGAGUGCUCGGCUUGAGUCUACUCGAACCCCCGUGCGCAGCGCUCGACCGCGGCAACGCUGCACCCUUGCCUACGAUAUUGAAACCGGACAACAAAUUGAACUAUUCGAGUUUGAUUCACAUAUGCUGCCAGAUCGCAGCAGGCAUGAAGUACCUGGAGUCUUUCGAAUUAGUGCACCGGGAUCUCUCCGCUCGCAACGUAACAGUAAGUGAGGAGCUGAGCGUUAAGGUGUCGGACUACGCAAUGUUUUGCGACGAGUUCGUGGGAGACUACCACGUCAUGGCCGACGGCUCGCGCUUUCCCCUGCGUUGGAUGGCCUGGGAGAGCCUACUGAUGGGCAUGUAUUCGCCUGCUAGCGACGUCUGGUCGUUCGGUGUCACGGUGUGGGAGGUGCUGACGUACUGCACAGCCAAACCUUUUGAAGAGAUGGAUGAUGACCAGGUGGUGGCGAACGCGAGCGAGUGGAGGCGCGGCGGGCGCGGGGCUCGCGUACCCGCGGCGCCGCCGCCGCGCUGCCGCCGCGAGCUGUACGACCUCAUGCAUGAGUGCUGGCGCCGCGAGCCCGCGCAGCGCCCGCGCUUUCACGACCUGCAUCGCUACCUGGAGCGUAUGACGCACGGCUUCAAGCCGCCGCACGCCACCCUUCGCUGAAUCCAAUAUUAACGACGAGCCUCGGCGUCAGUGAUCAUUCACCGAUCGAUCUCAUUACAUUAGAUAGGUUUUUAAUAUAUUUCCCACUGAAACCCUGAUCCAGUUAGUAUUAAUAAAUGUUUAGUUUAUAAACGCAAUGAAUAAUUUGAUGAAUUUUCAGUCAUUAAAUUUACUGUUGUAAAAUCGUCGUGCUCACAUUAUCCAUUGGCGUCCAUGUCAACGAUCUAUGUAUUUGUAGAUUUUCUAGUUUCAAAUAUUCAGUGACGCUCGGCCUAACCGAUUGAUUAGAUGCAAAACUGAAUAGAUAUCUGGACUGCUCGAUAGGUCCAUCAUUGGAAGCAUCAGCGUUUUUAUAUAAGUCCAAAUUAUUACAUUGAAAACAAAUAUAAUUAAUUUAUAAGAAUUUUUAAAAUGCCAUACUCGUGUCUUGGACAUUUUGACGACAGACUGAUAGGAAAAAUCGAGCAGUAUUAAGUUCAGUAUUAAAUUAACAAUAGUAUAGGUUGUAGGUUAGAGCGUGUUUUAUGUAACACGCAGCUUUGCAUUUAAACUGGGCACUGGCUGAGCUCGGGGCUCCGCGGCUCAGCCAGUAUCCAGCCGCGCCAAAAAGCAAUUUUAAUAAUGUUAAAAACCAGGGCACCUCGAUGUUACUAAGCACCACAUCGUGUGCCGAGGUUUACAAGCUAGACGUAGGUUUCUGAAUUGCCUUCUGGUUAUACGUGAAUGCAUGCCCUUGUACAUACAGUUGAUGAUUAAUGAAUAUUAUCAAAGUGUUUUGGAAGAUAUUCAGAAACCUACAAAUCCCUUGAGUGUUGAUUCUCUAGUCGAUUUGGAUUCUUGUCAUUCAGGAAAUAAAUGAGACCGUAUAAUUAUUACGAAUCUAGCCUUUUUGGAUUAUAUCUUAUUGAUUACGAAAUCGCCUAGUACUUCGCGGUAUGUCUACAUACACAGUUUUGUAGUCUAUAGCGUAGGAAAGUCCAAAAUAUUCUAUCUUCCUUGAAUGGGUUUUCUAACUUUCGAUUUACUCGAAAGUUCGUAAUUAUAUACCAACCCGGCAAGAGGAUCAACAUGUUUAAGUAAAUGUUUCACACACUGUUUCAGCGCCCUUCGCCUAGCGCCCCACGAUCUUCCACUCACCGCCUUUACGGCAACCCUACUCGGGGCUGCUCGAGUACUGGCUGCGGCUCGCCGCUGCUGUCGCCUUCUUUGAAAAACUAGGGCCUUAUAUCGAGCAUGCAUUUGACAUAUCUAAAUAUUUAAAACAAAAAAUUAGUUCCGUGCGUGCAGACAAGAAAAACACAGUAAAUGUGUGCAAGCGCAUCGCACAGCUAUUGAUACUUUUAGAAUAUAUAUUAGAUAUUGAAUUUGUUUCGAAUACGGCCUCCGGUCAUUGAUUUGGAAGCGACUUUAGUCAGGAGCUUUAUUUAUAUUUCAUUCCUGUACUCUAGUAGCCCCUUCCUAGUAUAUCCAAAUCUAAUCCUAUUUUUUUAACCUGUUUUAAAUGUUAAGGUUAUUAUUAUACUUCGGAGAUGAGUAAUCUCCAGGGCGAUAUUCGCCCCCUGUGCUUCUUGUUUUCUUCAAUAGGCACGUAAAGGUUGCGCUCACACUGCAUCCGCAAAUAUCGAUAUUACCUACGACUAAGCGAAUUUAAUAAGAGAGAUAUGUAUUUUAAUAGGGAUACGAGACGAUCGACAUCGACCGUAGUAAUGGGCCAAUUUAACUGAGGGAAGAUGUUCUGCUUAUAUCCAUAUUUCCGGACGCCACGUGUGAUCAGAAUAUCUAAAGGUUGGAUAAAGCCGAAUUAUUCGUGUUACUCUAUAGCUGCCUAAUAUCGUAAUAAUAAUAAGGAAUGAUCCAAACAUAAUUAAAUCUAUAUGAAUGUUCUGUGUCAUCAAUGUUCAGUGUAAGGGUAUUCUAAGAUCCAGUUGUUUCCCUAACAAAAUGGCAAUACUAUAUUGACAAUUUAUCUAAAAAAAAUUAAGUACAUUGAUCAUCAUUGAACCUGGUGCAUAAUUUAACUUUUGAACUGUAACGGUUCAUAUAGAGAAGCAUGUUUUACACAACCUGACUAGUUGAAUUGUCGAUGAAAUAUUGCCGUUCCACUAACAUAUAGGAUAUAAUAUUCGUGAACGUCCCCUCCUGACACGCGAGCUAGCGGACCGACAGACGAGGUGUAUAGCGAAAAACGAACCGGGAUCAGUUGUUUUUAAAAUUACACCCAUAAGCAUUUAAUUCAACAGUCGUUUUAGCAACAAAUUUCACCUCACUAAUAACUUUUUUUUAGUAACCUGUGGGUAACAAUAAGUUACUAAUACCAUAAAUUAAUUCGGUCUUCUGCCGCUUUAUAAUUUAGAAUGUCAGUAUAAUAAGUAGUUUUCUUUGCAACUAUAUUAUAUUAAGUACGAUGUUUGCCUACUGAUCCCGUUCAAGCGACAUUCACCGCCACAUAUUUAAAUUAUAGACGCUUUAUAUGUGUUUAAUAAUAAUUUAUUGAUUAGUUUAGUCAUAAUGGGAUACGUGUAAUUCUCUUAGCAAGCAAUAAUCUGAAAUUAGUUGUGAAUAUGUGUGUUACUAAUGAGUUAACAUUUUUAAGCAUAAUAAUUAAUGCAGUAAUAAACGCUGAAUAUCUUGCAGUCUUCCCUAAUGUUCUCUGCACUGCACUCCUUUGUAAGUCGAAUAAUAAGCAUUUUUUCGGUAAGUAAACUUUAUAAUUUCAGUUUUUGUUAUGUUGUGUUGCCGCUUUUGUUUAUCGGAAGGUCCCUUGGGUAAUCCCGUGCAUCCCAUAAUUCUCAGCUACCCAACCAAGACUAGAGACUGCAAAAUAUAAAGCAGACCCAAUUGGACAUUUGUAAAUAAGGUUGCAGUUGAGAGAAAUCCUGCAACGUCAAAAUUUCUAUUACUGUAUUGUUUACUGUGUUUAUUUAUAGCUGCACAGAAUAAGAUAUACCUAGUUCGUAUUGACGUUAGACGUACGGUCAUUCAUUAUUCAUAUUCACUGCUUACACAUUUAUGACUUGUUUCAAUGUGUGAAAUGAAAGCGAUUUUGGGAAGAUGUUGUUUACUUACCUACUUAAUAUUAUGUUAAUACCUAGUAGAUGUAGUAGUCAUCUUUGAAAUAAUACUAGUACUAUAGUCAGAUUCCACGACUAGGCAAAUAAAAUUUGCAUACAUGUUUUAAAGAUGGCUGCACGCAUAUAAGUAGGUUCAAUAAGUAAAGGUGUAGACACACCGGCGUAGAGUAGACCACGACGCGUGGAAACGUAUUUGUAAGACCACUGUCAAUUUGUUACUUCUUCUUAUUUUAACAAUGUCAUGAACAGCGUCAACUUUGUACUAACUUGUGUACCAUAAAACUAACAUUUCUUCUCAUUUACUUUUCUACUGAAGUAAUAGGUAUCUAGAUUACGAAAAAUAUUGUGUUAUAAUAAACAAUGAAGUAAAAUAUUAUUAUAAGGUAAUUUAAUUGUAUACUGCAUGCAAAUGUUGAUGUCGUCUUAAAGUGUAAGCUCGCGUAUCGAAGACCCUGCAUUAAAUAUGGUCCUAAUACAAUACCCUUAUGCACCUCUCGUCACCACUAGCUCUCAACCACUCCCAACAUUUAAUCGUAAAUUUAAAAGAAAACAGGUUAGCUAAGGAACUAGUAGUAUAAGGGAGUCCCUGCAAGAAUAUAUUUCAUUUAAAAGAGUAAUUGUAAUUAAUAUUAGUUAUUGUAUUAAACGUUCAUGUAACAAGACAGUUUUUAGUUAAGCGUGGGUUAUGUACAACGAAUGAAAACCUCUACGAUACUUUAAAGUAUCAGUGCUUAUUCCGUAAACCGUAUGUAAACUCAACUCGAAAGUACGGUUUGUAUGCAUUUUUAUACAAAGUUGUGUAUCGGAUCGGCCUCGUGCGCGCCUCGCCUGCCUGCCCCACUGCCGCCGGUGAGCAGCCAAUCACUCCUUUGUAAGCUGCUUUUAACAUUUUAAUAUAUGCAUAAUAUUUAUGCAUUACCUGUAAAUUAAAAAACCCACCCAUAUUAACUAAGGCUCAAUCAGCGUGCAGUGCCGUAAACAUAGCGGCCUAAAAUGUAUCACUAUUACUAUUACUAGGUACUUACUCGAUGUUACUUUUAGAAUGCAUCAAAUAAUCAUAAAAUAUAGCCGUAUCCUAAGAUGUCCAUUAUUGCUCACCCAUUCUUUUGCACAGAAGUUUUCAUAAAUAACUUGUUUUAAAAAGCUAAAAUUCUAAUUGUUUUCUGUCACCGAAAUCAAUGUUAUUCGUAUCUUAUUCGUUUAUUGUUUAUAUUUAUAUGUAAUUAUAAUGAUACGCCUAACGUGGCUGGAAACCAUCUUAUCGACUUAUUCAUGCAUGAUCAACUUAUUUUUCGAAAUAAGUAGCUAAUAUCACCGCGUAACUCUCUCAUUCAUAUUUUGCCGUGACGAGGAUGCACGGCAACUUUCCGAGUUUUACUUAACCGUAAUAUUUUCGGGAGGUAAAUCCAGCCCUACGUAUUCUCUACUCAAACAAAAGUGAUACUCUUUAAUUAGGAAUUAAGAUAUUAUUAAUUUUAUCGUAUUGUCAUAUCAUUAUUGAUGUUCCGCAUCUUGUCUACAUCAUCUAAACUUUUUUCCAAGUUAAAAUGUUAUUUACCUAAUACUAAUCUUACUAAAACAAGUAUUCUAUUCCUACUGUUGGCAUGUUAGUAGAUUAAUAGGAGUCAUUUUAGCGGGCAUUAAUAUUUAAAUAGUGUUACGUCUCACCUCAAGAAACUAAUUUUAAUAAUAAGCAUUCAGAAAUUACAGUACGACCAGUUACUAAAUACCAUCUAAACUGGCAAGUUUGCCUUUUUACCUACCGUGUGCCAAUUUGUUUUUGGCGGUUUACCUAAAACUUCGGAAGUAAUACCAAACAUAUUCGGUGUACGAAAGUACUAAGUAUAGGUAUAGGUCUAAGUAUUUUUGGAUUUAUAAAAAAUAUUCAUAUAUAUAUAAUUAAUAAAUAUCAAGCACUAAACUUAAAAACAAUAAAGAAAAUCGCAAGAAGCGGUCAAAGUUUUUAUGGUUACAUUAGGUUAAUUUUCACAUGAGUUUCACAUUCACACCACGUUAUUGCAUUUGAAAACUGAUAUUUAUAGUAAAAUGUUAUUUUAACAAAUCUUAAAAAAAGAUGGCGUUGAAGGAAUUGGUAGUACUGUAUAGUCUAUCUUUUGCUGUAAUUUUUAUAUCACUUAGAGGUUUAAGCCAAAAUAUACCUUAUAUUAUCAGCGGUUAAGGCGCCUGCGAAACGACUCCUUUAAUAAGUGAUGGGACCAAUGAUUUGUGCACUCGAUCCCGGUGGCCUGGCACUGCUGCGGUGCGACCGGUGACACCCUUACGGAAUGCCCGAAACGACAACUAGGGCACUCAGUGCAACUCUAGCAAGUUCGUAUUAAAGACAAUAUUCUCAAUUUUAUACAACCUACCUAUACUAAUUUCGGUUGAGUAGAUAGCAUAGUUGCUUAAACACCGGUGUACAAGAGAGCAACUUUGUAAGUAAUGGAUACUACGCCUUUUUUACCUAACAAGAGAAUCUCUCACUACGAAAACUCCAUUUAAAUUUAUUCACUUGAACUAGGCGUUUUAACACUUCUUACGCCUGCGUCCGAUGUGGCUAAACAUAUAUCGAUAUUUUCAUGUGUUAUCACCGUAUAGUACUAAUAUCCCUGUACUUGUUAGUAUAUACGUUAAAAAUAAGUUGUAGUUAAUUUUAACCAAUGCUAUUUUUGCAGACCUUUACUCGUUUUUACAGAUCGUACAGCUGUGCUAAUUUGACAUCGUAGUUUCUAUCUAGUGAAUGUAAAUGGAAUAAACCUUUGAUUAAUUUGAAUUUAAGUUUGUUCAUUCAAGCAAAAAGUAAUUUAUCGUCGGUUGUAAUUAAGGCGCUACUGUGAAGAUGCAUUUAGAUAUCGUUCUUGUCAACCAUUCAAUAAUUAUGUUUUGCUUGAAAACGAGACAUACCUCUCGCAUUGAAUGAUUGUCCCUAUGAUAGUUCAUUUUUAAAUUAAGUAGCAGCCGCCACGUAUAUUGUUUAUUUAGAAAUUUAACCUUUAAGCAAUAAAAAUAUCGUAAUGGGCGGUUACAGUUUACGGUUCAAUUUGUAAUUGUUAAUAGUCAAUUGUACCUCUACCUUACAUAAUCAAUUGCAUUAACGUUCGGCAAACACUGGUAAAUAUACAUAUAUCUUCCAUUAUUUUUAACUUAAGCCCAAGCAAUAGAGACUUGAAGUAACUGUCAUAGGGGCACCUCUGUACCCUUCUGUACCCUUGCGUGAUUUAAUUCCAACAUAUCAUCUUUAUCGUUUUGAACCGAACGUCAUAAUCGUCUAGUUUUAAUAUGCUAUCUAUCCAUUGAAUUUGAUCAAUACUUUUGUACCUAUUGGAGCAAGUCCUAGAGUAAAUUUCGAGACUGUUAAACUUGCAUUACUGAUGGAAAUGUUAACAACAUACCUAAUAAUUUAAAUCUUCUGUUCUGUUUCCGUAUUGGCAUUACUUGGUAAUAUUUUAUUUCCGAAUUCACGUAGAUAGCAUAUUUUCUUGAUGUCGUUUCUAUUUUACCUCACACUUAUAAAUGAAAUUCAUUCUGUAGGCACAGUAUUUAUAAAUAAUCAAAGACUUUUAAGGCAAACGCCUUCUUUUUAUGUAAUUUUAAAUGUUAAAAUAAAUGUUGAAUAACAUAUCAAAA